GCAGGGAUGGAUGGGUACUCUGGUAGAUAUAGCAUGUUACAAGAUAGGAGGAGUAGGUACCUAAGAUUAGGCACCUACAGGCAGAUAAGGGGGAAAAUGUAGGUACCUAGUGGGAGGUAGGGAGUACCUCUCAUAGAGGCAGGCACAUGCCUGGGUACCUGUACCUAAUGCUCAAAGCACCCAAUUAAGAGAGAUUUAUCACCUCCCUCCCUCGGCUGGCUGGCGGGCGGGUUGCAGCACAGUACCUAGGUACUUUCCUACAUACGAAGUCGCCAGAUUGCCUUAACUAACACACAACCCGAGUCGUCGACAUCAUUUUCAUCUACAUAACCCUCCACAAACCACCGUCGGCCACCACACGCUCGGUCACUUCGUUCGUAGCUCUCCAGUAACAGGUCAACCCUUUGCAACAUCGCAGCCGAAGAGCGGCGAUAUCCAAUUGGGACAUUCACGCAAGACCCUUCCUUUUCUUGGGUUGCCUGUCCCUCACUUCCCUAGUCGCCCUGGGACUGCUUACCCAAGUCCAUACUGCGACGAGACUCGACUUCGUGACUGCGAGAUAGGAUCCGUCGCCCACCUGCCCUCCCCUUAUCGACAAUCCCUAGGGGCCGUCGCCAUGUCUUCCGACUUGGAUACUUUUACCCUGCUGCCGUUGCAGCUCGACCCCCAGACCAAAGCGCUGACAUCGACCUCGAGCUCUCGCGCACUGCAAUCGGAACUCGCCGCGCUCAACGCCUUGCACCGCUCGCUCCUCACCCUCGAGACGCCGAACCAAGUACCGCCGCCGCCAGUGCCUGUGAACCCGAAGCGGUCGGCCAACGUGACCAAGCUACGAGAUAGCGGCAAUGCCGAGUACCGCAAGGGGAAGCAUGCCGACGCUAUCAAGUUCUAUAGCGUGGGUCUGCAGAUGGCCCUGACGCGGCCGCUCUGGGAGCCCCAGCAGCUUGUGCGCGAAGAGGUUGCCGCCCUCUACGCCAACCGCGCCCAGGCGCACAUGGCUCUCCAGAGCUGGGCCGAAGGCGCUGCCGACGCCGAAGCCAGCGUGGAGGCCAAGCGCGUCGGCAACUCGAAGGCCUGGUGGAGGCGCGGCAAGUGUCUGGCCGAGAUGGGACGGCUGGCAGAGGCGAAAGAGUGGGUCAGCAGGGGCUUGGAGAUGGAAGGCGACGAGGGCGAGCUGGUGGCGCUGCUGAAGGAUAUCAAUGCCAGGUUGGAAGAGAAGGGCACUUCGUGAGAGUAUUCUUCUCGAGGUGUCCUGGAGUUCUCGGACAACAUAGAGAUCGCUUGGUCGGAUCUCGGAGGGAGUUGAAUUUUACUUUUUUUUUUCCGGCGCUGCUCAUGGUUUACCCGUGACGGGAAUUUUGCCCUAAGCGAGGACGGGAAUCUAGGUACCUAGGGGGCAUGUAAAUAUAUGCGUUAUUGGCUCUUGCUAUCGAAUAGUUACCUUGUAUUACAUGUAUGCCAGCUUACAUUUCCUCCAAAACCGUCGGUCCCUCCCACGACGUGAGGAAUUACCUAAUGAGAAGCCUGUUAUUCGAGCCUUGUACUCGCGAUUGCAAUAGAAACAGGGGACAAAACCUCGGAGAAGGCCCUCGCCUGUAAUAAAUACCA